GCGCGCGCGCAGGCGCAGGAGCGCCGCCAGGUGCGGAGGCGGAGGCCGCCGCGGGUGGGGGAAGGGCGGGGGGAGCCGCCCUCCCUUCUCCGCCCCGCCGUGGGCUCCUUGUUUCUCUAGGGCUCCUCCGCUGCUAAGGUAGCCUCUGCCCUUGCCGCCGUCAUUUCUCCCAGGUGUCCCCACGGAUCCCGCUCCGCUUCCUGUAGCAUUCUUGGUUCCCGCUAACUUGCGGGCCAGCUUGCACUGCACUAGAUGGUGCGGAUGCAGAGGUAAAUCAACAUGAUUAAUGCCUUAAAAGCCGCUGUCUUGGAAUCGGUGACAGAUCUAAAGUCAAAUAAAUUAGAGGUCAGUGAUACUCAGAGGGACGAGGUCACUGCUGCCGCGAAGCUAAGGGCAGGGAAGGUCAGGAAGACUUCCUAGUGGAGGCGGCAGCUGAUCUGGGUUGGAAAGGGAACAAGAAUUCAUCAGACUGAAAGAGGAAUUUCAGUCCGUGGAAACAGCAUGUGCAAGAGCCCGGAGAAAUUAUUGGCUUAUCAGUGGUGUGAAAAUCAGAGGCGUGGAUGCAGUGUUCGUGGAAGUGUGCGUAAGCGUCAGCACGAUGUCUUCCUCCAACCCUGAGGAUACCCCCCGAGAGCCUGAGUCUGAGCCUGAACCCUCAACCUCCAAGCAGAAACAGAGGGGAAAGCGGCCACAGCAAGCGGCCAGCGUCCACGCCCUCACCAGGGCUGGCCACGGGGCGCUCCUGGCUGGCCGGAACCACGAAGCCCUGACCAGCUUCCAGAGGGCCUUCGUCCUGGCCUCGGAGGCCCCGCAAACUCGCGACACCCCUGUUCUCCGGGCCUGUGCCUUCAACCUGGGGGCUGCCUACGUGGAGACCGGGGACCCAGCCCGGGGCCUCGAGCUGCUCCUGAGAGCCCGACCUGAGGAGAAGGCGCAGGGCAGGCAUCAUGGUGACCAGUGUUUCAACGUGGCUUUGGCCUACCACGCCCUGGGCGACCUGCCUCAAGCUUUGGCCUGGUACCACAGGGCCCUGGGUCACUACCAGCCACUAGGCGACCAUGGGCAAGUCCAGGCAAAAAUGGGAGCCUGCUACCAGGCUCUGGGACAGCCUGAGCUGGCAGCCCACUGUCUGCAGGAGGCAAGCCGGGCCUACGCCCAAGCAGGGCAGCCCCAGGCUGCGGCCUUGGCCUUGGGGGCUGCGGCGGGGUGUAUGCUGAAGAGCGGGCGGCAUGGGGUGGGCGCGGUGACGCGGGUGCUGGAGGAGAGCCGGAGGCUCGCUGAGAGGAGCCCUGAGCACAGACUGCUGGGGCAUCUCUAUAACGACCUAGGCCUGAGCUACUGCCAGCUCCAGCUGUUCCCGCUUGCAGCGGAGGCCUUCCUGCGGGCCCUGCCCCUGUGUCGCGGGCCGGGAGAGGAGGCCACGGUGCUGAGAAACCUCGGGACGGCCCACAGUGCCCUCGGCAACUACCGGCAAGCCCGGGAGUGUCACCAGAAGGCUGCUGACCUGCAUGGCUCUGGGGGGCAGCGGCGGGAGCAGGGCCGGAGCUUUGGCAGCCUGGCAUUUGUACUGAGCCAGCUGGGGGACCACAGGGCGGCCAGAGACAACUACCUACACGCCCUGCAGGCGGCCCGGGACACUGGGGACACGAAGGGCCAGUGGCAGGCCUGCGAGGGGCUGGGGGCUGCCGCAGCCAGACUGGGGCAGCACGACCAGGCCUUGACGUACUAUAAGGAGGCGCUGGCUCAGAGUCAGGUGAGACCCCGCGCCCCGGAAUCUAACUCUCCCUGCUCCCCUCCUCUGCUGACACUCCUGCCUUCGCCUUGUCUCCCCCACCACUCGUCACCCACCAGACACACUGGGCACAGUGUGCCAGGCCCCGGGACACUGCUGGCAGGAGGGGUUCGUCUGUCCACAACUGUGCACAGGCGGUGACAGGAUCCCGGCAAAGGCCCCGGGCUGCGGUAGAAGAGAAGGAAGACGAGCCCCCCCUUCCCUCCUCCGCCUCCUGUCUCUUUCCUCCCCAAUCCCCAGAGGACCCCCACCACCCCCCGUUAUCCAC